AUGGGCGCCUUCCUUCCAUGCUUCAGGAGCUGUUUUGCAUCGCUGCUCUUGCUCCUAAUCUUCGCCGCACAUCCAUCUUCUCAAGCCUCCAACGCGACCGCGGAAUUGUCCACUGUUUGGAGCACCGACGGUUCGUAUAUGCUCUUCCGUUCCGGCCAGGAGUACUUCUUUUCUGCAACAUUCUACUCCUACUUCCGGGAGUACUUCUUUGCAAUAUGUGUCAAUGAUGUGGUCGUUUGGUCGGCCAACCGUGACCGCCCACUCCAGUGUGGUUCCACCCUCAAUUUCACCGCCGACGGGGACUUGGUUCUUCGGGAUUCUGAUGGCAGCCUUGUCUGGUCCAGCAACACCUCCGGCCAAUCUGUCAUCGGAAUGAACAUCACCGAAUCCGGCAAUCUGGUUCUCUUCAACCAAAAGAACUUGCCAGUCUGGCAGUCGUUCGAUCACCCAACUGACGCUAUGCUUCCCCGGCAGCCAUUAAUGGAAGGGAUGAAGCUGACGCCCAGCAUCGACAAUGCCAGCUUCGCUGCCAGCAAUCAGUUCUAUCUAGCAGCUCAUCAUGCUAGCCUGCAAGCAUCUGAAGGGUCAACACACCAGAUCUACUACCAAAGCUCGGUAUACUAUGCAGGCGACGCGUAUGAUGAACCCACAUACAUCGCGCUCGUCAAUGGGAGCCUGUCCAUCUUCGCUGCCUCCUCUCCACCUUCAGACUCGAUCACAAAUGUUAGGAUCGACCUGCCUCAUGCGCGCUCGUUCCAGUACAUGAGGUUCGAGUCUGACGGAUAUCUCAGGCUGUAUGAGUGGGAUCAAAAUAACACCCGGUGGUUAUUCGUGUAUGACAUCUUCCAGCUAGAUUGCUGCAACUACCCAACUGUCUGUGGAAAGUACGGGAUCUGCAGGAAUGGGCAGUGCUUCUGCCCAAUUUCUGCAAAUGAUACCUCGUACUUCAGGAGGCAGGCUGAUACCUGGAAUCAUAACCUUGGCUGCAUUGCAGUAGAUCCAAUUUCUUCUUGCCAGUCUGUUGCAACUGCGAAAGAUAACCAGCUAGUAGCUCUCCCCAAUGUUUCCUACUUCAAUUACAAUGAUCCCGAUGCUGCAAUACCAAAUGACGAAGAGAACUGCAAGCAAGCCUGCUUGAGCAAUUGCUCUUGCAAGGCCGCAUUUCAUACUUUCCAGAAUGUGACACGAAUGAGAGGAACACCUGGAUACAUGGCACCCGAAUGGCUGACAUCGAAAAUCACUGAGAAGGUCGAUGUUUACAGUUUUGGUAUCGUGGUCAUGGAAAUCUUAAGUGGAAGAAAGAACAUCGACUACUCUCAGCCUGAUGAGGGUGCUCAGCUCAUUAUGGUACUACGAGAAAAGGCAAUGAAUUCUCAACUGGAAGAUAUGAUCGACAGGAACAACCAAGAUAUACGAUCAUGCAACAAGGAGGAAGUGAUUGAGAUCAUGAAGCUUGCAAUGUGGUGCUUGCAGAGUGACAGCAACAGAAGGCUUCACAUCAUGUCAGUGGUGGUGAAGGUCAUGGAAGGAGAAAGAAAUGUGGAAUCCGACUUGAACUACAACUUCUUCGAUCUAAGCCCUGCAAUCGUUGUGCCAGUUGGUCAACCCAACUUCUCCGCCCUGCCAAAUGCAUCAGUGCUCUCUGCCCCCAGGUGA